UGGGGUUUUACAGAAGGCAGUAACAGGAAGUUCGAUCAGUGAUGGGGUUCCUGUUUGGACGUUGCACGUGGUAAUGCUCUUGAAUGAACAUUGGCCAUGGCUCAAGUUGAUAGACCAUUUUUCUUUGAACUGUUUAAAGAACAUUGCAGCGAUUCAGAUUUAGGGGCUAUAAGUCUGAACUGGUUUCAAGAGCUUACUGGGGAAGCUGCUCCAUAUGUGUUACCAGCGUGUGAAGGCAGUGAGGGCAAAUUGGAUGGCUUGGAUGAAAAUACAGUCAAGACACCUGUACGAAAAGUGUGCACAUUCAGCCAGUUGGAUGCCACUCCAAUCCUUUUUAAAGAAGAGGUUUUGUCAUCACCACUUUUCCUGUCACCAACAGAGGAAUCAUGUAGAACUUUAUCUGUAGCAGGAAACAAUAACACAGCUACACCACGCAGAAGUCCAUCUUUUCAGACACAGAAUCUUCUAAACAAAUAUCCUAGUCCAUCCAGUAGAUUUCUCCAUGAAAGUCCUGCUGUUUUGAAAGAAUUAUUUAAGACUCCAUUACGUGAUACAAAAUUUGUGAAAAGAACACAACAGAAAGAUGGAAAACCUGACUUUUAUGAGAGUUUGUUGUGUACCCCAAAACUUAUGAAGAGCCACUCAGUAUGCAUAUCUGAAAGCCUUGGUGCAGAAGUUGAUCCAGAAAUGUCAUGGUCCAGCUCAUUGGCCACACCACCGUCUCCCACCGUGAUAAUUACCAAGGAUAAUGAAGAAGUCACUAGAUCAAAGAUGUAUGAUAGUAAAACUGCUGUGAUUGUUCAGAGUCUAUUCUCCAAGCGUGACAAUGGAGUUGAGAAAAAAUUGUUACCUGCACUAUGUGAAACUCAGGAUGAAAAAGCAUUACAAGUAAUGUGCAGUACAUUUAAGAAACAAAGUGACAGCACUGAAACUCUAGGCAGUGUUCAGAAAGUACCUUGGAAGCAAACUGUGGCCAAUACCAUGAAGGAUAAAGAGGUUUGCCAUACGGUUGAAAAUGUACUUGAGGGAAUGGAGGAUGUCCUUUCAAUAUUUUUUACCAAUGAAAGGAAUGACAGUAAGAGAAAAAUGAGAAGUGAUCGAAUUAGAAGAAAAGCUUGUGCCAAGAAAGAGUUUGCUAUACCUCAAAAUUCUUCAACACAGAAAGAAAAUAUUUUAAGUAAUUUGGAAAAACAUGUUGAUUUGGACAAGGACACUCAUGCUAGCAACUUACAACAAGACCAUAAAAAUGAUGUCUGUUGUAAAACCCUCACUAACCUUCACAAAGAAACAUUAUCUGUCUAUGAAUGGUCUCAACUAAACUUGUGUGAGCUUAAUGCAAGUCAGCUGGAGAACUUCCCUUUGCCCACGGAUAAUCUUACUAAUUCCAUAGUUACCAAGUUUCAAGGUUUACCACAAGGACAAGAAACGAAGGACUGUAAUGAUUUAAAAAAUGUUCAAGAUCUAACUGAGACAGUGAACACAAGUGUUUGUAGGUCCAGCAGAAUUGUGUCAGAUAUUUUAACUGUGGAGUAUACCAACACAUUGUCAGGAAAAAAAGUUACGGUUACAAAGAACUCUUAUGUGAAUUUACUCAACCAAUCUUCCACAUUGCAACACCAUAAACCUGAAUUAAAACUUGGGGAGGUAAUCCAUGAAAACAAUGGCGGCAGUGGGACACAAUUCACACUUUCUUCAAUAAAUCAAACACGCGUCGCUCAGUCUACAUCGAUGGAAAGAUCUAUCAGUGGACAUUGGGAAGAAGGUCCUUGUGUUAUCGCUCCAGAAACAAAUCCAAAUGGCGUUUUUUCUGCUUUGAAAAGGCAAACAAAGUUUUUGUAUUGUGUAACUGGUGCACACGGCCAGUCAGUCAGAAGAAAUAAAAACGACGUCCCCCUGUUGUCAUCAAAUAACCAUUCAUGUGCCAAUGAGGAAUUGCAUUCACAAAGCAAAGAAUUGGAGUUGCAAAAUAAAAAUGGUGAAUGUGACCAUAAACAAGACAAAUCUUUGCAUGAAGACCGGAAUUUGAGAAAUGAUCCUGAAAGCUUACAAGAAAAUGAAAGAAAUCUCCCAAGCAUGAAAGGAAUGAAUGGAGAAUCAUAUAUUUCUGAUUCUUCGUAUCGUAUGCAGGCAAACCAUAAUGAUUUCGAAACAAGAGACCCAUCUUCAUCUAAUAUAAGAAGGAAGGUGUUAGCCACAGCUGAACUGCUUGCUGAAAAACAUCUACUUGCUGAAACACUCCUCCAUCAGCGUGGAAUUCAGGGCCCAGAGGAAAAUAAGGUUAUAUUACCGAGCGAUGGCAUACAAAAUGAUUCUUUUUUAACCUGCAGACAAAGCCAGCAAGAUAAAGUACAUUCCAAUGGGCUUUGCAAUGUUAUUUGUAGUGAGGUUCACAACGCAAGUACUGAAAAAGUGUCUGCAUCACUGCCAAGCGAAAGGACCAUUUCCUCUAAUCAGCAAAGACAAGUAUUGCCACAUAGGGAAAAUGAAGAUAUAAAUAUGUUUCCCUCUGCUGUCCUGGAGAGCAAGUCCACCAGCACGGACAAUUCAGGAAAUAAAUGUGUACUAGAUUGCAGUUUUAAGAAUUCCUCUUUAAAUGUCUUGAAGCCAAACUGCAGUCCAGUAGAUGAGUUUCAGAAUGCUACACACAAGCAUAAUAAUGUUCAGAUUUGUACAUCUGAAGAUAGUAAUCAAAAUAGAAAUAUUAGCGUCCUCCUGCCAUCAGAUACCUCAUGUGAACAUUCUAUAUCAAUUAAUGAAGUCCAAAGUGCCAUGCAAACAUCUUCAGCAUUUAAUAAAGUACCCAGCCUUAGCACUAGCACAGAUGGUCUGAAAAAGGAAUUUGAAGGCUUUAAAACCGCAUCAAAUAGAAAAAUCCACAUUUCAGAGAAGAACCUCAUGAAAGCAGAGACCUUGUUUAAAGAAAUUGAGGCCCAAUGUCUGGUGACUGACAUUCCACACAAAACUGAAAGGAAGACGGUCUCUUUGGAGAUGAAAACCAGUGUGGAUGUUCCUGCUUCAGUGGUAAACUUUAAAGGAUUCAAAACCGCAUCUGAUAAGGACAUAAAACUUUCUGAUAGCUUGUUUUGUAAAGGUAGACUCCUUUUUAGUGAUAUUGAAGAUGAUAGCAGUGAAACGCCUGAGCGAAUUAAAGGAGGAAAAAUAAAUCAAUUUGAUCUGUUCUCUAAGCCAGCAUCAAACAUUAGCUUGAAUACAUCUAAAGCUACAUGCUGCAUAAACACAUAUGAUUCUUUGUGCAGCAAAAUUAUAUCCUCUGAGAAAAUAAAACGUCCGCAGAAUGCAGAAGGUACGGAAGACAAAACUGUAAGUGCCUUUGGCUCAAGCAAGCCAUAUCCUUUCAUAUCUAUUAAAUCAGAUGAAAACAUGGUUGAACAUGAAAAACUGCAUUGUAGUCAGCCGGUCAAAAAGGCAAGGAAAUCUCUCUUUUUGAAUCCAGAUCACAUUAUGGGUGAGGGAACAAGUAAACUCACAAAAUAUUCACCUGCUCGCAUUCCCAAUGUCCUGACUGAAAGCCAGAAAGCUGAGGUCUGUGAACUUUCUUCUAUUCUAGAAAGUGCCGAUAGUCAGUACGAGUUCACACAAUUUAAGAAAAUAAAACCUGUGAAAACAAACCUUGAAAACAGAUCAAGUUUAAAUGACAGCAUAGGAACAUCUCAGAAUCUAAACAACUAUGAUGUUUGGAAAGAUGUGGACUUUAAUGAUAGCUUUGCAGCUGGAGAGGACAGUGUGGACCCUGGAGCUGGUAUUAGAAGUAGCUUAGAUGUUGCCUCUCAUGACAAAAACUUUUUUGAAAAAAGUAAUUUACAGCCUUCAGGACCAACAUUGCUUUUUAAGCAGGACACUUCCUGUGGAGGGUUCAGUUUGGCCAGUGGUAAAGCUAUUAAUGUAGAUAAUGAGGCUUUGCUCAAAGCUGCUAAGAUGUUUAGUGACCUUGAAUCCACAGAUUUAUGUGACCCCACAGUGCAUGUUUCUUCAGUUUCCAAGGACCUGCCUGAUGUAAACAGUGUCCACUUAGCAUCUGAAGUAAAUGGGGGUGACAUGGAAAUUUUGCCAAAUUUUAGUGCUACUACGCAACUGGUUACAGAUGGUUUGAAAGCAAAUGUCAGUGUAGCGAACAGUGUUCACAUAAGUAACUCUAGUGGAGAGGAGCGCAUUCAGUCCACAAACAUUAAGGCUGAAAAAUGUGUAAAUGUGAGUGUGAAUCCUACAAAAUUUGAUGGAAAAACCCCAAUACAAAAUGAAACUUUUGAGAAAGAUAAGAAAUUACAGAGUCUCUAUGUUGGACAUGACCGGGGUUUUCAAACUGCCAGUGGAAAAAAUAUAAAGUUUUCUCAAUCUUCACUUGAAAAAGUUAAACAUUUGUUUGCAGAUGAUAAUUCAGAUACGUUUGAGGUCCUAAAAAGCAAAGACAAAUCUGUGCAAGAGAUGCAUGUUGGAGCCAAACCGUUUCCAAUUGCAAAAGGGCAAGGAAAUUGCCUUGCCAUAGCAAGUGGCAGUAAAGAUUUUAUAACUGGCUUCUGCACUGCAGGUGGCAAAAAAGUCUCCAUUUCUGAGGAGUCAUUAGCUAAAGUUCGCAACCUGUUUGAAAAUGAAAACCAGCUUGGCGAUGAAAAUGAAACCUCAAAGCAGUGUGACAGCCAAGAACAUCAGACGAAAGACUUGAAGGUUAAAACCUGUGGCCCGCUUGGGAAGGAAACAAUCGAAUCCGAUGAAAAAAAUGUGUCUGAAAUUUUAGAUCUUGAAGAUGUUCCAGCAAGAAGACAUCUGAAAAGUAGAGACCAAAAUGCAGAGGGUUUUCAAAACGUUAACAUUUUAUCGUUCACUGAGAAUGGAACUAAGAAUGAUAAUUUGACUCAUAAAAGUUCAACAGUAUUUCCUAUUGGGUUUACCACUGGGAAAGGCAAAGGAAUAAAUAUAAAUAAGGCAUCAUUACUUAAGGUUAGAAACAUGUUUAGUGAUAUUUCUGAUGAAGCUGAAAUGGCCAAAGAUAAUGUGUCCAGCAUUGAUUUAACACUUAAUCAUGAAAGCAACUUGGUAAACCAGAGUGGAGAAACACUUAUGAAAAAGAAAGAUUCGGGUCCCCAAAAAAUGAAUCCUCCAAAUACAAAUGAAGGAAUAGCGCAGUCUAGUAGGGCUCCUUCUCUUCCAUUCAGUACAGUGAGUGGAAAGACUGUGUCAGUUUCUCACGAUUCAUACCAUAAAGCAAAGCUCAUGUUUUCUGACAGCAAUGAUCCCUCUUUGCCAGAUAAUAAAAGUAAUGUGAAGCCAAGAUUAGCUAGUAUAAAAAACCAUGAAGCGGAAGUAGUGCUCAGUGCUGUGUCAGAUCAGAGUACCCAAUCUAAUCUUUAUCAUAAUUUCCAAAAUGCAUGUUCAGCUGCUGGUAAUGUUCCUAUGACCACGGCAGUAUCCUUCAGUACAGCUAGUGGUAGGUCUGUCCAGCUGUCAGAGGACUCUUUGAGGAAGGCCAGGGCAAUGUUUAACGAAAUAGUUGAUAUACCAGCAGCGCGCCAACAACCAAAAGAAAAUCUUAUUCAUGGCAAUGAUACUGAGUCCAUAACUAAGAAAGAACGCCAAAACUAUAUACAAGGACAGUUGGCAAAAGAGGAAGUACAAGCAUCAAAAGACAAAGCUUCAAUUAACGUUAACACCUUUAAAAGUCCAUUUGGAUUUAACACUGCAAGCGGGAAGAAAGUAUUGAUAUCUGACAGUGCAGUGCAAAAAGUUAAGGGGAUGUUACAAGAAUUUGAUGAUCUUGAGCAUUCUAUGGUAACAGAAACACUCAUUCAAAAGCAUGCCCCAACUAAAGAGAAAGUGUCUACUGCAUUAUUGAGCAAUCAUGAGGAAACAGAGGUAUUGGAUAAUAAUCUUAACCACUGUCAAAAUGAGAAACCCAACUUAAUGCAUGGUGAAUCUGCCAACAGGAAAUCUUAUUGUUCAGAAGCCUCAGUAAGACAUUUCCCACUCUCUAGCUUUGAAAGACACUCCACACCUUCUCACACUACUAAAACCUUCGCUCGGUUUAAUAGUAUCCCAAAACCAGAUUUGGAUUUCUCUGCUUCAAACACACCAGAAAAUUAUUUUGAACUGGAGGCAGCUGAAAGUGCCAAAGCUUUCAUGGACGAUGAUGAUCUAAUGGAUGGAGGACCAAAAGGAGAUAAUCUUUCUGCAAAUUCCAAUAAGGCUGCCCUUGUGAGGUGCGGGAAAAGACUUCGAUCAGAGGAUGGGGUGCAACAUGGUAAAGGAGAACCUCUAAUCAAAAGACAACUUUUACCAGAGUUUGACAGAGCCACAGAGAAUCAACCCAAGUUGCAACCUUUGACAAGCUCUCCAAAUGGUACAAUGAAGGAUAGAAGGAAGUGUUUAUACAACAUAACUUUGCAACCAGCAACCUGCAACCCUACAAGUGUGCUGAAAGGAAGACCAGAAAACCUGGUUCCCAAGUUUACUGAGCCAAGCCAAUUUCAUUCCAAAUCGAAUAUUUUGUUUCAAAGAUCUCAAUUUAAAUCAGCCGUUGGUUCAUCUGAAUGUACAAGUCAAUCGAACAGCUCCCUCGCUGAUAAUGUGCCAAAAAGAGCUUUAAACACAUUUGUUCCUCCGUUUAAGAAGCAAAAGCCUUCAUCAGAGGCGCAAUCCAGUUAUUCGCAGAGAAACAAUCCACAUAGAGUCACACGUAGUAUGUUGGAUCGCCAAGAACAUGAUUUCAAACCAAAUUCAGCACUUACAGAAGACCAAGAUAAUGAAUCAGAUUUGUUGCAUCUAGUAUCCAAUCUUUGCUGUGCCAGAGACAUGCAGGAAAUGAGAAUUCGGAAAAAACAAAGGCAGAAAAUUAAACCACAGCCAGGUUUGCUAUAUCUUGAGAAAACCUCCUCAUCAGCCAGAAUUCCACUACUAUCUGCAGUGAAUAAGGAGCCCCCUGCUACAUAUUCAAAAGAACAGUUAUACAUGCUCGGACUUUUAAAAACAAGUAUUGAAAUUAAAAGUGAAAACUCCGGAUCGUUUCAAUUUAACUGCUUGGAUUACUACACAAAAGAUUGUCUGCUGUCUGAAAAUGGUGUGCAGAUAGCUGAUGGAGGAUGGCUGAUUUUUACCGAUAAUUUGAAGGCAGGCAAAGAGGAAUUCUACCGAGCACUGUGUGAUACUCCUGGUGUGGAUCCUAAACUAAUUUCUCCAGAUUGGGUUUAUAAUCACUAUCGCUGGAUUGUAUGGAAACUUGCGUCUCUUGAAGUUAAAUUCCCAGAGUGUUUUGCUAGUCGAUGCCUUACGCCAGAAAGAGUGCUUUUACAGCUUAAGUACAGAUAUGACGUGGAAAUUGAUAAAACUCGUCGAUCCGCAAUCAGAAAAAUAAUGGAGAGAGAUGACUCCUCGGCUAAAACACUAGUGCUGUGCAUCUCCAGAGUAAUUACUCAGGGUGGCAACGUGACAAAUCCACGCAGUGAUAAAAACGAACCUGCUGAUACCAAGCCAGGGUCUGCUGUUAUCGAGGUGACCGACGGUUGGUAUGGAAUCAAAGCCCUGCUCGACCCUGCCCUCACAGCUCUGCUGCACAGAGGAAAGCUUUUUAUUGGUCAGAAAAUAAUCACUCAUGGAGCAGAGCUUGUUGGUUGUGAUGAUGCAUGCACACCGUUGGAAGCUCCUGAAUCCAUUAUGCUAAAGCUUUCAGCUAAUAGUACUCGCCCAGCUGCUUGGUUCACAAAACUUGGAUAUUUUCGAGAUCCUAGACCUUUCUGCUUGCCUCUGUCGUCACUGUUUAGUGAGGGUGGCAUCGUAGGCUGCGUUGAUGUAAUCAUUCAAAGAAUUUAUCCUGUCCAGUAUAUGGAAAAAACAGCAAAUGGCCUGUAUGUGUUUCGUAAUGAGCGCGCAGAAGAAAAGGAAGCCGAAAAACAUUCUGCAAAUCAACAGAAAAACCUUGAGAUAUUAUUUGGGAAAAUCCAAGCAGAGUUUGAACAGCAGGAAGCAUCAGGUACUAGAAGAAAUGGACUCCGGUGUCGUUCUUUAAAUAGACAGCAGAUAUCUGCUCUUCAAGAUGGUGCAGAGAUUUAUGAAGCCAUUCAGGCUGAAUCUGACCCUGGCUACCUUGAGUCUUGUCUUAGUGGUGAGCAGCUGAGGGCCCUUAAUCAUUACAAACAAGCAUUGAAUGAUAAGAAGCAAGCUCAGAUCCAGGCUGAAUUCAGGAAAGCAAUUGAAUCCAGCGAACAAGGUCCCAAUGGCUGUGCAAAGAGAGAUGUGACUCCCAUAUUGAAAAUGCGUCUUGUGGACUACAAAGACCAAGCACGAGACACAGCAUAUAUAUUGAACAUAUGGCGACCUCUUCCUGAUGUAGUCGCCUUGCUGAAAGAAGGGGUUCGAUUCAAGAUGUAUAACCUAGCAACAUCCCAUUCAAAGGGCAAGUCAGAAGCUGCAGAUGUGCAAUUAACAAUGACAAAGAAAACCCAGUUUCAACAGCUUCAGUCUUCACAGGACAUCUUGGUUCAUUUGUAUAGCCCAAGAGAAGUUAUCAGACUGAACAGGUUCCUGGAUCCUUCCUUCAGGGCACCAUAUGGAGAGGUCGAUUUGGUUGGAUUGGUGAUAUCCACAUGCAAGAAAACAGGUGCGGCUCCAAUAGUAUAUUUAUCAGAUGAAACACAUACUCUUCUGGCAGUGAAGUUUUGGACGGAUCUUGGGCAGCUUGCAUUGGAAGAGAUCACUAAGCCAAAUUCUGUUAUUGCUGCUAGCAAUCUACGCUGGAGAUCAGAAUGUAUAUCUGGCAUUCCCACACUGUAUGCUGGAGAUUUAUCCACGAUCUCAUCAAAUCCUAAAGAGUCACAUCUUCAAAAAAGUUUCCAGAACCUUAAACAGUCAAUCCAGUGUCUUGAAAGGUUUCACAAUGAAGCUGUCCUCAAACUGCUAAAAUUGUUGCAAGUGAGUAAUCUGCAGGACAAAAGAUCACUAGUCGAUUACAUGAAAGAGCCUCGUACUCCCACCUGGAAAGAGAUUACUGCAGCCAACCAGUGUCUUACGCCUAUGAAUCACAAAGGAAAAAAACUAACGGAUUAUGUAUGUACCCCUGACGUGAAGCUUCCUUUUACUGCCUGUAGACUUGAAACUGACCCAAAGGCAUGCAAACAGCUCAGAGGUUUGGAUUUCCUUAGUCGGGUACCUUCCCCUCCACCAGUGACUCCAAUCCGGUCGCUUGUAUCCCCACGCUUACAGAAAGCAUUUCGCCCUCCGCGGAGCAGCAGUGCUCAGAAAGAAAGCACACACGUAACUGGGCACAAUGAAAACCGUUUCAAAAGCACACCCAGAGACAUUAACAGCUCGACAGACACAGAAGGGUUUAUUGCAGAUGAAGAACUUGCUCUGAUAGAUACACAAGCCCUUGUUCCAGGUAUAGGAGAAGAAAAAGCAGACACUCAUUUAAGUGCAUCUGAAAAUGGCCACAAACAAGGACAAGAUUCCCCAACACAUACUUCACAAGCAGAAACAGCCGACAUGUUACAAAGUGUCAGUCCUGAAAUUAACAAUCUCAGUCAGACUGUGGAGAAAGAUGCGCUUUUAUUAGGCAAAAAAAAACUGCAGAGGAAAAGAAAACGAAGAUUAUAAA